AUGUCAGAAAUUGAUGAUGAUGAUGAAUUGACAAAUGCUUAUUCACUUUUCCGUGCACUGGAGGAAAAAGGAAAGUACAUAGGACGAACCAAUAUAUUGCAUUCAGUAAUAUUGGUUGGCAAAAUAUCACCCCAUAUUACCGACCAUCUAGCUGUUGGAAAGUACUAUGAUAGUCUUGCGCACAGCUUUUCUUCUCCAGAUCAUAUCACUGGCCUCUUGAUGAUAUAUCCUUACCAUGUUAUUCAUAUAAUUGAGUCAAGCUUCAGAACUUUGUUAAAAGUUUUCAGAGCAAUUGACAAGUCAGAUAAAAUCAUCGAAUGGUACAUGAAGUUACACACGGAACGGAUAAAUUUGAACAUAAGUGAGGAAGAAGACAGAAAACCUUUCUCUGGUUUUGAUAGGCAGACCAUACAAGAAAUGUGCAGAAAAUAUGCACUGGCACCAACGAUACAUAAUCGGAUACUAUGUUCACUAGAUAAUGUUGUUCAUCGAAUAUUUCGCACAUAUGAGGUUUUGGUAUUGGAUAUGGAAGCCACUGUUAUAUCUGACUACGAUUCUAAUGAAACUGACGAAAAGAAGCUUCUUGACCUACUUAGCCAGGUGACAAGGUUAAGUGUUCAUCUUGCGGAAGAACCGAUGAAAGGUCAAGAAGAAUAUGUUCCUGAAAUUUUUAGAAGGAAAUUGACCGAAAUUUUAAGCACUAUUCGUCAGGUGCACCCUGAGCUGAUUCCACAACAAGCGGUCGUUGGCUACUUUGCGGAUGUGUCUUCAUACGAAGGAUUAAUAUCAAUCAAGGAAUAUAUGAACGUCUACGACCUACCGUACGAAACUUCCUUACAAUCUGAGCUAACAUGGCCAGUUCAAAAGAACUCAUUCUUUUAUACCUGA